UCUUGAAUUAUGGAGGUGAGAGGUGAAGAGCACGACAUUAAGACGCUGGUUCGUGAUGGGAAUCAUAAUGGUGUUUCUGUUCUCACUUGCACUCAAACCCUAGACCAUGUCCAUCGUCCCCAGAGGCAACAAUUGCUCGGUCAUAUCGGAAGAUCCCCGCACCCGGAUCGUGUCGCCAGUUCGAACGCCAAGACAUCGCCAAGCGUCGUCAGGUAUCGCGAGUGUCUAAAGAACCACGCUGCCAACAUCGGUGGGAACGUUUACGACGGGUGCGGCGAGUUCAUGCCUAGUGGAGAAGACGGGACGCUCGAAGCGUUGAAAUGCGCUGCCUGAGACUGCCA